GUAACGAGAGUCGCAAUGCUCUUAAGUGAGUGUUCGCAGGUCUCCUGCAGGGAAUCUCUCCAAUCCUCCCCUCCCCUUACCCUCCCGCCCCCUCGUUCCCGCCUCUUUUGUCAGAUUCGGAGAGUUCUUCAAGAAGUUUUGUUGGUGCCUGUCUUAUUGUUGGGAUUAAUCGGGAUCUACGUGAUCUGCAGGUACAUCCGGGGGCUAAUUAAGACCUUCACAAUGGAGGAAUCUUCUAGUCAUGCUGCAAGCUCGUCGGGAAGUGAAACAUCUGAUGGACAAAAUGGAAAGGAUGUGCCUCAAACUGAUGGGGUAGAUAAUGCCACGGAAUCCACAGCCAAUGGUAGCACAGAACCAUUGUCCAAUGCAGAAACACAUUCUGAGAUGGAUGCAGUUCUUGAAGAAGAAAGUGAACGCUUAGAUAAAGUGAUGUCAAAAUCCCAAGAGGCACACAAAAAAGAUUACAAGCCACAGGACAUUGACAAAAAUCAUCAGUAUAAGAAACUUGUUGAAUUAUUGACUAAAAGCCAAUUUUAUACCGAGUUUCUUGUUAAAAAAUUAGAACAAGAUCCACUUAAAAGAAACAGUCCCAAAAAAGGGAGAGGAAGGAAGAAGGAUGACAAAAAUGAUCAGCCUGUGCCCCGCAAAGGAAAUCAAAGAGACACCGAGCGGGUAAUGGAAAUUGCUGCUGAUGUCAUCGCCAAUAAGAAAUCUGGAGAGGAAGAUGUUGAAGAGGGGCCAGCUGCAGAGGAUGCUGACAGUGGUAGAACAAAGACAUUGGAAAGUGGUCUUGUUGUUCCUCUUGGUCAACCAAAGCUGCUAGUUGGGGCAUGCCUCAGGGACUACCAAAUGGAAGGGCUUAACUGGUUGAGACUGUUGUUUGAAAAUGGUGUCAAUGGAAUAUUGGCUGAUGAAAUGGGUCUUGGCAAGACUAUUCAAGUAAUUGCUCUUAUUUGUCACUUAGUAGAAAAAAAUGUUCGUGGUCCUUUCCUGGUCAUAGGACCUCUCUCAACCCUACCUAAUUGGGCAAUUGAGUUUGAACGAUUUGCACCACAGAUUCCUUUUAUUUUGUAUUAUGGGAAUGAAGAAAGUAGAAUUGCAUUGCGGAAGAAGAUGUCACAGAAAAAGGUGGUAGAGGGUCAUAAGGUUUACCCUGUUAUUAUCACCUCUUAUGACUAUCCUCUCAGAGAUGCCAAAUUCCUCAAUAAGACAAGCUGGAGAUACAUUAUAAUUGACGAAGGCCAUCGCUUAAAGAACCACAACAGUCUGUUAUCACGGGCACUCCGGCAGUACACAUCUGCAAAUCGUCUGCUUUUAACUGGUACACCGCUACACAACAGUUUAAGUGAGCUUUGGGCCUUGUUAAAUUUCCUUGUCCCAGAAAUAUUUGACAAUCUAGAAAUAUUUGAAUCUUGGUUCCGUAUUGAAGAUUUGUCAGAUGACAACGCCAGUGAAAAGGUUCUUGAAGAAGAGAAAAAGUCACAAAUAUUAUCCACGAUGCACAAAAUCCUUUCACCUUUCAUGUUGAGACGGGUGAAGUCUGAGGUGAAAUUAAACCUUCCCUCCAAGAAGGAGUUAGUUGUAUAUGCUCCAAUGAGUUCCAUUCAGCUAGAUUUAUAUAGAGCAGUCUUGGAUUACAAUUAUUCAAAACUGAAAGCUAUGGAUGAACAAAAAGAUGUUGAGGAAGAUGGGUCACGCCCCAAACGUUCCUGUACUCAAACUAAGAAAUAUUAUGUAUUGGAGGAUCUGUUUCAUGAUGAAGAUGCUCUUAUGAACAGUUCUGGAUCAACAAUUGAUAAUAAAACUCUGAUUGUUGAAGAUAAAGAAAACCCUAAGUAUGCAAUCCGAGUAAAAAUGCAGAAUUCCUCUAUGAUGUUGCGCAAAAUAGUCAACCACCCAUAUUUGAUUCAGUAUCCUUUGGAACAAGGCACAGAGUAUGCUCGUAUUGAUGAAGAUCUAGUGAAAGCAUCUGGCAAGUUGCAGGUUCUGGAUGCUAUGUUAACUAAAUUGAAGGAAAGAGGGCAUAAGGUUCUAUUGUUUAGCACAUUCACAUCACUUAUUGAAAUCCUAGAAGACUAUUUAUCUCUUCGCUCGUUCCCCUAUGUUCGACUUGAUGGCAAUACCAAGUUGGAAGAUCGCCAAGCUUACAUCAAGCAGUACAACAAUGAUCCUGAUAUGUUCCUAUUUUUAAUAUCUACCCGUGCCGGUGGUCUUGGUAUCAAUUUAGCUGCAGCAGACACUGUCAUCAUAUUUGAUAGUGAUUGGAACCCUCAGGUUGACCUGCAGGCUCAAGACCGUUGUCACAGGAUAGGCCAAACCCGUCCUGUUGUUGUUUACCGGUUUGUAACUGCUGGAACUGUUGAUGAACGAAUAUUUGUUAGAGCAGCAGCAAAGCGCAAACUUGAGAAAAUUAUUAUUCAUAAAGGCAAUUACAGUGCCCUUAAACCAAAAGAUGAACACUCCAUUGAUUUAGUAGAGCUACGAAAACUGCUAAACUCUCGAGAUCAUCAGCAGGUGAUUUAUCCUAAUGGUUAUGUUUUCUCUGAUAACGAACUGGACGAAUUGUUGGAUCGAUCUGACUUAAUUGAUGGAAAAGUUGAAAAUUCGUCUUCAAGUGGUUCCAAAGUUGAAGAACGGUCAUUCAAAGAAUACUAUGGGUAUACAGGAACAAAAAAAGUCAUCAAUGAUGAAGAAAUCAGUAGUAAUGUUCAAAUUGUAGAUCAAGAUAGCAAUGAUGCGCCUUGCGAGGUCACUCCUGUGAAAAGAAGCCCCAUGAAAAAGAAUGGCUCAUCUGAAACUGUUUCAGUCCAAAACCAUGAUUCAGAACUGAAUGAUCAGUCUGAAACCAAUGAUGCUGAAAGAAGUGCCCAACAGAACAAAGGCACAACCUCAGAGGGACCUGAUGAAAGUGAUAGUGGAUCACAACCAGCCAAAAGAAUCAAACUCCAGGAUGAAGCUGAAGUUGGUUCAUCUGAGUCAUCAAAAUCCAGUAUACCUCGAACAAACAGAGCAGCCAAAAAAUUAUAGAAAAAUUCUUUUCUAGUUUUAUACAUGUGCAAGUUCCUAGGUCUGGAUUGACUUUGAUGUGUAACUAUUUUUAGUUUGUAACCUCCUGUCACAACUUGUUUUAAGUUACUUGCUGAUUCUUUAUAAGUUCUUAAACAGUCUCAUUUCUACCAGUAACAUUCCUUCAAACUGCCUUGUUUCCUUCAAAUCUUCUUUCUGUCAAAACUUUAUUGUGCUCAUUUGUUACAUGGCUGUUUCGAAUUACUCAAAGUGAUUUAAGAUCCUUGUGUUUCGUUUUUUUUUUUCUUCAUUUUUAUUCUCAUUUUUUUUAUUUAAUCAACAAUAAAAGUGGAUGAGGAAACAACACAAUA